AGUCCAAGAUUGCUGCCCGAGACAUGAGCGAAAACAUGCCCGUGCAAAGCAACGGCGGUGUGGCAGAUUUAGAAGGACGGUGGCGAGAUAUCUACACAUAUCUCGAACGACCAGGCCCACUAGCGAACGACGGCUUCGAACCAGGCGAUCAAGUGAAAGAAUUUCUGCAUACCCUCAAAAUCUUAGUGAUUGGCGCUGGCGGCCUUGGAUGCGAGUUAUUGAAAGACUUGGCACUCAUGGGAUUUACGGACAUUCACGUCAUUGAUAUGGAUACGAUAGACAUUUCAAAUUUGAAUCGGCAAUUCCUGUUUCGUGCGUCAGACGUGGGAAAGCCAAAGGCAGAAGUUGCCGCCAAUUUUGUCAUGAAACGAGUACCAGGCGUGAAGAUUACGCCCUACUUUGGCAAGAUCCAAGACAAGGAUGAAGAGUACUACAAUCAAUUCACAAUCAUCAUCUGCGGAUUGGACUCUGUAGAAGCCCGACGAUGGAUAAACGCAACCGUCAUUACCAUGUUUGAUGAAGAAGACCCGGAAACCUUCAAGCCGAUUAUCGACGGCGGUACCGAAGGGUUCAAAGGCCAAUCUCGUAUCAUUCUUCCGCGAAUGAGCGCUUGCUACGAGUGCUCUUUGGACAUGCAAACCAAACCCACUACAUAUCCGAUGUGCACAAUUGCAAAUACCCCGCGUCUACCGGAGCAUUGCAUCGAAUGGGCGUCAGUCUUGGAAUGGGCGAAAGAAUUCCCAGACAAAAAGCUUGAUGGUGAUGACCCAGAGCACAUUAAAUGGUUGCUUGAUAAAGCAUCAGCCCGGGCGAAAGAAUUCAAUAUCACCGGUGUCACCUACACGCUAACGCAAGGCGUUGUGAAAAACAUUAUCCCUGCCAUCGCUUCCACUAACGCCAUCGUCGCUGCAUCAUGCGCAAACGAAGCCUUCAAAAUCGCAACGAACUGCGCAACCGCAAUGAACAAUUAUAUGAUGUACGUAGGAGAUCAAGGUGUCUACACGUACACUUUCGAACUGCAAAAGAAGGAAGACUGCCCUGUCUGCGGAGGGAAGGCAAUCAAAGUGGAAAUCAACCCAGCGCACACGUUGGAAGAUUUGAUGGAUCUACUGAUGGAUCGCAAAGAUAUUCAACUGAAGAAACCAUCACUGCGAACGGGCACAAAGUCAUUGUAUAUGCGAGCCCCUCGCAUGCUGGAGGAGGCCACUCGACCAAACCUCGGAAAGCAGAUCCGAGAGUUAAUGGAGGAUGGGGAGGAGGUCACCGUAACAGAUGAAACGUUGCCAAUUAGUAUUCAAAUGACGGUGCGAUUUACAGAAUAGGGGAAGCUACGAUUUCUAGCAAUGUUGAAUUAUUGGAUUUCCUAUUCCACACUGUCCCGCAACUACACCAAAUCUUGCUAAAUGUGUACAAAUUGCGUCUCCACCUAUAGUAAUGAUCACUUGAAC